AUGUCUUGCCCUGCAUUGCCAUGUCUUGCCCUGCAUUGCCAUGUCUUGCCACGCACUGUUGAACCACAGGAGGUGCUCUUCACACUCAUCAAAGAGCUCUCAGACGCACAUCCAGAGAUUAAGAAUCCAGAGCAGUCAGCAGCGCUGCUGGGAGGCAUCAAGGUGGAGCUGCCAUCAGAGAGGGAGCGCGAGCUGAUGCAGCAGAUAGCGGAGAUGAGGUGCAAGGUGGCCACGCUGGUGGAUAAUGUUAUCACCUACCGCAAGCGCAACGCGCAGGUAAAGCUGCUGCCAACAGCCAACACUGAGGUGGCUUCUCUCCCCCUACUCCUCUUUCCCUCUCCUCUCCCUGCCCUCCCCCCUCCUCUCCCCCUUCCCUCCUCCCCUCCUCUCCUGUUUCGUGCCUCCACAUGUGGUUGCUUCAGUUGGAGAAGCAGGUGGUGGCAUUUCAGUAGCAGAAGGAGGAGAGAGAAGCAUAUCGUCUUUCCUGACUUCUGCUCUUUCUCCCUCCCUCCUCCCGUUUCCCGUGUUCCCCCCAACCCCCCGUCCCCUCGUCCUCCGUUCCCUCCCCCUACGUGUGUUGGAGAAGCAGAUGGCGACAUUUCAGCGGAGGAAGGAGGAGAGAGAAUCAUAUCGUCUUUCCUGACUUCUGCUCUUUCUCCCUCCCUCCCGUUUCCCGUGUUCCUCCGUUCUCUCCCUCAACGUGUGGGUGCUUCAGUUAGAGAAGCAGGUGGCGGCAUUUCAGCAGAGGAAGGAGGAGAGAGAAAGGCAGGGCGUGGUGCUGAGACGAGGGAGGUGACUUGA